AUGAUGAUGGAUCUAUAUUCGAACAAUAGUUAUCUCGUAAGAGCAUGUUACAUCCCAUUCAUUCUAAUAUGGAUGAUAAUACGUGCUUAUCAAUCAAAUCGCUCGUCAUUCUCUCCAUCUCUGUUGAUUCGCCUGGAUCCGCGUUCCUUGUUCACCUACUCUCUCAUACUCGCAUUUCUUUCACAAUUCACCCAUGAUUUUCUAUUGUGCUACUUAACAUAUGGAGAAGGUUAUGAUAAUGAUACUUAUACUUCUCUGGCGAAUUCGGGUGUUAACACGAUGUCGGUUUCUUCUGAACUCAUCUUGGAGGUUGCGUUGUAUUUUGGUGCUGCAAGUCUGGGUCUAAUAAUAACCUGUCUAUUUGCUCUGCAAGCCUAUUGGAGUUUGGUGAUGGGGCAACUGUCACGUCGACAAUUUACCAGCACACUGGAAUAUCGGAUUUAUCUAGUUCUGGCAAUUUUGAUGUUUCCAAUAUUCCCGAUACUACAAUUCAUCUUUCACGCAAAUACACUACACAAAGAAUUGGUUCCUGACCUUGCAUUCUCCAUCCAAUCCCUCGUGAUUUGUCUCUCAAGUAUUCGCACUCAAUUUGGCAUCACCACCUUGAUCAAUACCCCCACGCGUGUCACUAUCCUUCCUCAAACCCACGGAAAACUUGUCUUCUUCCAGGACUUGAACUCUUGGUUAAUCAUCACCUUGUUCAUUUGGAACGCCCCUUCUCUGUUGCUCUGCGUUUACACGUUGUUCUUGCAACAAAAUUUUCUCAACGGGAAUCUUUUUUCAAAGUUCACUAUUGAUUUCUUGUCGGCGAAUUCCACUUUUGGUCAAUUCAUCGCGUACAUCAUUCUGAUUUCCGUAAUGUACCCAGAUUUCAGCAUAAGUCCUGUUCACGAUUCCCUCAAACGAGCAAUUUCUUCUCCAUACAAUGUCACAAAACCGAAAACUUUUGACACCUCGGAUUUCGAUAUUGGUAAUUUACACGAGUUGAAUCACCACCACCACACGGUGAUCGAUGUUCCUCAUCAUGACAUCUCCCCCGUGCAUUCCGACUCCAAUUCAUCGACCUCGUCACUUUCGGAGGAGACUUCUCAGACAAAAAGCACCCACUCGAAAUAUUCUGCCACCUCAACCUCUCACCUGAGACAUAAGAAGAAGAAACAUUCGAAACGUCAGAAGUCUCGUCGGAAUAGCAAUGGGAGAAUAGAAAAGAAGACUGGUGACGGUUUCAAUAGGAAACGCAAGAACACGGAAAUUGCCGAGAUGCCCACGCCGACGAUACCUUUGACGUCAAUGGGAGGCAGUGUCAUAGAAGACGCGCUCGCACAACAAAUAAUGGUGGAGACGCAGCAAGAUGUGGUAGUCGAGCCUGCAUAUAUGCACGCUUACAUAAAUCCGCACAUCCCAUCGCCACGGUAUCUUAGGCCCUCAGAGUCACGGCCGGCAAGUACCAACACCGACUUAUUGUUGGCGCCAUUGCCAAGUCCGUAUUCGGAUUUUGCUGCCACCGGUAACACGGGUUAUCAUCCGUCGGCGGAGAAGGGACGAAACAGACAAUUGGGUAUUGGAGUGAAUCCGUAUGGAAAUAGCCCUCUUCUGCAGCAACAAGAUUUAGGGACCCUGGUGUCUGAUAAUGGAAACAAUGGACCAAUGUAUGGGGGUCAUGAUGCGCGUCAGAGAAGUGUGCGAGGUGUACGAAGUACAACCCCUCCAGUUUCACCAUCUCCAUCAUGGAGGAAUCAAGGGAACCCAACAGCCUCGUCGCCAUCACAGCAGCACAUUUACUCCCCAUCACCAAAAUCAUACCCACAGCAGUUACCUCGGUUAUACGUGCCGUCUACACAGUCAACCCCAUCAGGGGUCACGCAGAACACCAAUAAAAGGAACAGUAUUUCGAGACACGGGAACACUGACACCACUGCUAUGUUGUCGAGAAGUGCUGCGAGAAACUCGAGGUCUAGUGAUGCUGCAUCUAGUGUGAACAGGAAUAGCAUUGCUUCUUCGAACGAUGGCGAUGAUUCCGAAGAUGAGGGGAUUAGAAAUGGUGAGAGGAAUCGGGCGAGGGGAAUGAGUCGUGCUUCAUGGCAUCAACAGAUGAACCACGAGGAGACGUUAAGUCGAGUUCGGGAGAGUGAUGCCGAUGCCGUACCUGAGACUUGGACGGGUAAUGGUAUUAGUUACGUGGAGCAAUUAAGAAGGCAGAGUAGUGGGAGUGAAUAUGAAAAUAGGUACGAGAGAAGAGGUAGAAGAAGUCGAGAAAGUGGAAAUGAAUUGAACAAUGCAUCGCGUCAAAUGUCGAGAAGCUCUAGACGGAGUACGAGUGAAACGAAGGAGCGUGAUGGAUAUCUGCAACCACCCACACCCAACUCCGCGCAAAGAUCUUUCCAGAGUUCAAGUAAUCGGAAUAGUGAGGCGAGCUAUUCCGCAUAG